AUGACGGUGGCGGUGUGCACGGGGAGGCGUGUGGUCCCUGGCGAUGUUGUUUACUCCGGCAGUGCGAGUUGCGGCGAGUGGGACCGUGUGGCGGCCGGCGAAGGCUGCUGCACCCGAAUUGUGGCCGGUGAUUCUUCCGUGGAUUCGGCGGAGGUGCGGCAAAUCAUAGCGACGCGGCUGGGCACCGUGCAGUGGAGCGAGAGCACCGUGUCUGUCCAACGGGCUCCCAAGCGCAGACACGAGUCCGCCCACGUCGCGUUGAUUUCGAACGACCCAAACGACGUCGACUCACCCUCCGCCCUGGCGAGGUCGACCGCAGUCUUUGGCCCGCGGCUGGGGGACACCGUCUACAUGCGUGUGGUGCGCGUCUCGCGUGCCUUUGCGUACGGUGAGAUCAUCGCUGUCAAUGGCGUGUGGUGCAGCAACAGCAGCGUGAGCGUUGGACUGGCGGGGUCGUUCCGCGGCGUGGUGCGUGUUGAGGAUAUCCGCCCCUUCAAACCAACGAAGGAUCAGUUGACGCCGCCACCGCCCGCCGCGGCCUUUCAUGCCGGUGAUGUCGUCAUGGCGACGGUGCUGUCGCAGUCGGACGUGCGGCAGUAUCAGCUAAGCACGAUGCACGAGCACUGCGGUGUGGUGGAGGCUUCCGUCGUGAUGGAUCGCGUGCGGGUGAAGCUGCAGCACAUUCCUGGACGCCGCGACGCAAUGCGGAACCCGACUGACGGAACGGUCCACUACCGCUGGUGCCCGUUGAUCCAUCCCGCAGCGAAUUGA